UAUUGUGUGUUUACGUUUUCCACGUAGAUGAGGACAGAACACUGACCUCUUCAGUACAUGAUUCAUUGAAGUCAAACUUAAUAUUUUAUUUAUGUACUUCAUAAAAGCGAAAGAUAGAAAACAAACGAUAUGUUAUUGUGAGGACAGAAAGGGGAAUAACCCUUCGAUUAGCCGGUACAGGCUAGCUCGCUAACUUUCCUUGCAUUGUAUAGUUAGCUAGUCGUUGUAGUCACUGUGCGCAGCGGGUUGUUAUUUGAUAGCUACACAUCCUAAGUGUGUACAUUAAUCAUGGCAACUAGGCGCUUGACCGAUGCCUUCUUAUUAAUGCGGAACAAUGCAAUCCAAAAUCGUCAUAUAUUGGCUGAGCAAGUGAGUACAUACGGCACCCGUCGUAUUCUGAGUACACGUAGCAAUGCUGCGGAUGCAGGGCCUUUUACAAAUGCUGUCUAUGAGCUUGAUGAGUUGGCUGAUGACCGCAUGGCCCUGGUCUCUGGGAUACGUUUGGACCCAGAAGCUGCCAUCGGAGUCACCAAGAGACUGUCGCCCAAGUGGGUAGAUGGGGUCGAUGAGAUUCAGUAUGACAUCACACGGGUCCAGCAGAAAACGAAGGAGCUGGCCGCCCUCCAUGACAAGCACAUGAACCGUCCCACCCUGGAUGACAGCAGUGAAGAGGAGCAUGCCAUAGAGAUCACUACUCAGGAGAUCACACAGAUGUUCCACCGGUGUCAGCGUGCGGUGAGAGGUCUGCAGUCUCGCUUUGGCCACUGCACAGAGCAAGAGGAGAGGCUUCUGAGAAACGUGGUGUCCUCGUUGGCAGGGAGCCUGCAGGAGCUGUCCACCAACUUCAGACACGCACAGUCCAGUUACCUGAAACGCAUGAAGAAUCGCGAGGAGAGAUCAAAGCACUUUUUUGACUCCGGUCCUCUAAUGGAGGAGGAUGAAGACAUAGCACUAUAUGACAGGGGGUUUACAGGUGACCAGCUGGUCCUGGUAGAGCAGAAUACAGUGAUGGUGGAGGAACGUGAGAGAGAGGUCAGACAGAUUGUCCAGUCCAUCUCUGACCUGAAUGAGAUUUUCCGAGACCUGGCUGGAUUGGUGGUGGAACAGGGCACAGUACUUGACAGAAUUGACUUCAAUGUGGAGCAAUCGUGUGUCAAAACAGAAGAGGGGUUGAAACAGCUACAAAAGGCUGAACAGUAUCAGAAGAAAAACCGAAAGAUGCUGGUCAUUUUAAUCCUUACUGUUAUAGUUGUCGUUCUAAUACUUAUUCUAUUUGGGACCAAGUUCUAGUGAUUCAUUCCUUUGCUUUUUGUAUGUUGUGUGUGCUUGUAUGAGGGUCUUAUCUGUACUUCAAAUGAUGUUGAUUACCUGUCCAACUUUUCAGUCAACAUCUGAAGAAUCAUUCUUCCAGAAUCUCGCGCUGUAUGACUCAUGGAGAUGUUGAAUGCAUGAUUCCUAAGAGAGGACAGCCAGGGAGAGUUCCUAUUUAACUUUGGAACAUGCCUGCACACACCCACUGUGCUCCAAUACCCUCUUGAACAUGACCAUAUCCAUGUGUCAUGGUACUGCUACAAAGAAACACAGAAAAAACAUAUUCAAUUCCCUUGUGGUCGACUACUGAUUUAAUUGUUAUGGCCAUAUAAUUUGCUUGGUUUUGGAGAAAAUAAGUGGUUUUCUUGUGAGAAAUAACAUCAUCUGUCCAGUUUUAGUGUAAGCUAUAGUUGUAUGCUCUGCUCUUCCAUGUAUGUUAUUCCAAGUGAAGAAUUCCUACAAUUCAGCUACUGCACAGAUGAAUACUGAAUGUCUAUGAACGAGGAACAUUUUGUCUCGUGGUGUUGCUUUUACGGACCCUGGACUUUGCAUACACUUCAUUCGUUGAGCAUUUGUUUCGUUUUCUGCUUUUUCAUGGGAAAAAGGGAGGGAGAAAUUACAAUGGUUUUUGUGACUCAGUGGCUGAAACUGAUUGAUUGAAUACCAAUAGUUCUGUUUGGAUUCAGACCAUCCUAAAUGAAUGUCUCUGUACCAACAGCAGUGUCGUUCAUGAUGGUGCACAUUUAGAUCACAUGACUGCUUUCUCUUGUUUUACGACCCUUUCUAUUGUUCGGUAUCACUAACUGAUACAUCAGUUGAGUUUAUUUAGUCUUUUAUACCUCUCACAGUUUGCACAUAUCGAAAGUCUGAUGAUUGGUUUCAUGUCUGUCAAACUACUAUCUGCUGUAUAUUAUGAAAUUAUUUAUUUUUAAAAUUUAAAUAAUAUAAAAGGUCAAGGGAUUUAGUCUAUGGCAAAGAUGUAUUGAAUAGCCUAAAUUGUGUCUGUGGCGGCCUGUGUUGGAAUGAACGAUGUGUUGCAAGCUUUUGCACUCAAAUUACCUUGCCGAUUCCGCUACAAAAUCAACACUACAGUUUCUUAUGAAGAAUGGUCCUGUUUUUUUGUAAAGAUAUGUGACCCAUUUCAUGUUAAAUUCUGAAUAGAUUUCAAAGUGUGCUCAAGUCUUUAUUACUGAUGAUGAAGCUGAAUUCAUUGUGAAGUCCCAAAUGGCACCCUAUUCACUAAAUAGUGUACUACUUUUGACCAGGACCAAUAGCCAGGGAAUAGGGUACAAUUUGGGAAGUCUUGGACAGAAUUAGCUAUUUCCAAAACAUUGUCCAAGUUCAGUUUUAUAUAUAUAUAGAUUUAUACACACUUCAAUUAUAAAUCAUAAUUGCUCA